AUGUCCGUACAUGAUCUCUCGGAGGCAGACCUCGUUGAUGCCCUAGAUUUUCUCAUCGAAUAUGUCCGCUAUGGUGAAGAAGGGCAUGCCAGCACCUGGACCGAUAAAGACCCUGUUACUCAGAGGCUAGCAGAGGUGCUUGCGUGCAUACUCAUCAAGGGCUCCAAGGAAGAGUAUGUUUGGGCAUCAAUACGUGAGUACAUUGAGCAAAAAUUCCAGGAUCCAUUCAGAAUCCUCCCGAUACUUACUUCCAGUCCCGAGCUGCAGCAGGCCAACGAACAGGCCAAGAUUCUUGCACUGACUCGACUACUAUUGACAGAGGAUCAAUUCAUAGGUCUAUUUACUGGAUUCUGUGAAAGUACAAUGCCAGAGAUGUAUUCAGAAUCGAGUGUCGUGGGCCAUGCGAAGCGGAGAGGCAAGGUGAUUAAAUAUUUAAUGCGUAUGCACGAUUCCGGAGUGAGGUUUCAACUUGCUAUGUUCCCCCCUGCAGAUGUUGUCCCCGGGACACUAGCAGAGUAUCAGCUGGCUGCUAUAAAUGGCAAGCGAUUGUACAAGGAGCAAAUCGGUCUUGAUUCAUCUCGGCAGAGUACUGCACCCUCUAGUAUGUCUUCUUCUACAAUCCACACCGCAGAACCUUCUCAGCAGGCUCCGCCCACCCCAAGCAUUGCACAAUCUUCAGCACUUGCUGUCUCAGUAGACCCUUCUGUUUUGAGAUCACAACCAGAUGAGAAUCCGAAGGAUCAGAAAUCUGAGCCACAACCAGCAGCAGACUCCGUGAAGCCAGAGCUGCUUCCUGCUCCUGCCCCGGCGCCGAAGCCUUCAGGAUACCUACCGGCACAAGCUCUUUCAUUGGAUACCAUGGCUGAUGAUGCGGCUCUUCUGAAAUCCUUGACCAAAUCUUCCUCUAUUCAGGUAAUUGCAGGGGUCCCUGUCAACAUCGCUUCUGUGCAGAAUAAGGACGCCGCUGCCACCAGAGUAGCGCAGCCUCCAUCUCUUAGAACAGCACCAGUGCCAACUGUGUCUCAGACUAUGCAGCCGGAGGCACGAACCAUAGAGUCCAAACCGUCCUCUACAUCCCCAGCUUCAGAUUUCGUCCCAAUAGGGGACAACUCCUUAGCCUCAAGCCUACCAGUUUCUGUCAAUGAUCGAAAACCAGAAGCAGAAGAGGUGAAGACCAUUUUUGCGAGGACUAAUCUGUUGACAGAUGCCAAUAGGAGUCUGCUCGGCGAUACGUGCCCCACGAUAAAGGACGAGAUAAAGAAGAUAGCAAAGAGGGUCGCUGUGAUCGAAACCGUGAUCGAUACAAAGACAAUUGAGGCCGAAGGCCUUGUGAUGGAUGUCCUCUCAGAUGUACCUGUAGAGAGGGCCGUGUUGUCUGAAAAGGGUGAUUGCGAAAUGGUUAGCUUUACCGGAAAGGCGCUUAUCACAGAUGGUGUUGUCAAUUACUGGGUGCGCUUGGCUGCCUUAGUCACUGAAGGCGAUGGCUUCAAAAAGGCGGAAAAAGGCAAGCAUAAGGGGAGGCAGGACAAAGAUCUAGGGGUCGUUCCAUCUGCGCCAGCGUUUUCAAACAAGACAUUCUCAUUCAACGUUGAGCAUUACACAUUCGAUAAGAUAGCAGCAGGAACCAGCAGCUCCGUGACCCCACUUCUGCGUGUCGAGAACGCUCCCAACAUUAACAUCAACACCUACACAUACUUACUUACUGACUAUUCUAGACCAUCGAAUCUCUCAAGGAUAAUUAGCGGCCUCCAAGCUGAUAAGUGCGCUGGCUGCGAUUGCUCACUGGCUACUACAUCCCAAGAAGAACAAGCCAGCCUCCUCUUUUGUCAUUACACAGGAAAGAUUUAUUGCAAGCAGUGCUCUCUUAUUAUUAAUAAGCACAUAAUACCCUCUAAAGUAUUGAGCUCUAAAAGAGAUACCGGAGAGUACACAGUAGGGGCAGCUUCAUACAAGACACUAGAAAAGUAUUGGAAGCAGCCCAACUUGGACACGGCGUAUCUGCUUUCUAUCCGAAUGGAUCUUGACGCGGCUUUCAGUAGCUGUCUCCAGAAGCGCACAAAGCUGUCUCAACGCUUCAGAAGUAGAGACAGCUGUGUGAGCCUAGCGCACAUAUUCUCAGCAGUUGAAGAUCAAGCAUACUACUACAAGCAGCAUGUGCAAUCCGAUGGCACACAGAACUUCUACUGGUCAAUGUCCGAUAUUGUAUCUAUAUUGUCCAAUAAGCAGAUAGCACUUGUCGAGAAGCUUUGCGACGAGAUACAGGCCCACUCUGCGGCUUGCGCGACCUGUCAGGCCAUCUUCUGA